CAUAAAAACAAAUAUGAAACGUUUUUUUUAAGAUUUUUUUAAAUUCCAUCAUCUCUGAUGGAGCGAAAAUUUCACCAUUUUUUGACUUUGGGGUGUGAUGAAAUAAAUCAAAAUGGAUCUCUAAACUGUCUGCGCUUCUUUAAUUAAUGAAGUAGCAGUUAGUCAAGCAAUGCAACUUUCGACGUUGAGCCGGGGGUCUCUUUGGAAACAGCCUCUCUACUUUCGAGUAGAGGCAAGGUCUGCGUACACACACCCUCCCCAGACCCUACUCUUCAGAAUUAUUCCCUGUUUCAAUAUUCUCCCUCUUCUUCUUUUCGCCGGACAAUCUUGCCGCCGUCAAACAGCAAAAAUGGCCGACAGAGUCCACCCAUCAGCCAAGCCGAUCAGGAACGGAACAUCCACUGCCACCGGCGGCGCCGCAAAUGCCCAAAAAGUCAAGGUUCAGGCGCCUGGCCGCAUCCCCUACCGGCCAGCACCUGUGUAUCACCGGAGAAUUGAACCCCGCCGCUGGGGCUGCCGGAGAUUCCUCUGCAUCUGUUGUCUCUGGUCCGUCCUCAUUCUAGCCGUCCUGCUCCUCCUCGCCGCCACCGUCGGCGCCACGUUCUACGUGAUCUACCGGCCGCAGCGCCCGGCGUUCUCCCUCUCGUCCCUGAAGAUAUCCCAAUUCAACCUCACCACCGCCCCCUCCGACGGAACCACCCGCCUCUCCGCCAAGCUCAGCCUCGCCCUCUCCGCCAAAAACCCCGACCCGAAAAUGAUCUACGCGUACGACCCGAUCUCCCUCACGGCGUACUCGGGUCAAGUCCCGAUCGGAAACGGGUCGUUUCCGGGUUUCGUCAGCAACCCGAACAACAUCACCAUCAUUCAUUCGACGCUGUCGAUGCCCACGCAGCUACUGGAUGCGGAUUCGGUCUCGGGUCUGAAAUCGGAUCUGAAGAAGAAAAACGGGCUGCCCGUCAAGAUCUCCAUGGAUACCAUGGUUCGGGUCAAGCUGGAGAAGAUGAAGAGCAAGAAAGUGGGAAUCCGGGUCACUUGUGAAGGGAUACCUGCCCCAAUUCCCAAGGGCAAAGUCCCCGCAGCGGGUACAACUUCUGGUGCACAUUGUACUGUUGAUCUUAGAGUCACAAUAUGGAAAUGGACAUUCUAAGGUUUAUCCUUUUAUUUACGGAGUAAUUGUUUUGUUCUUUUCUUUUUAUAAAAACCUUUAAUUUAGUUUAAUUGCCUUCACUAAAACGUGAUGUUGCAAAGAUGAGUUGAAUGGCUUCACAAAAUGGAACAUUAAUCUGAACCAUUAAAGAUGAGUUUUAGAAAAUACUCCGUAUUAGAAAGAUUUUCUAAUGACCACGUCUAAACUUUAAUGUUUUAAAAUUUAUUUCGUAAUAAUAAUAGUUACUUAAAAUG